AUGGCCAGCGACGCUAACUACUCGCCUACCACGCCCAUGCGCGUGCCGCUCAACCGGUCCGUCAGCCAGGCGUCCUGGUCCGAACAUCACAACGCCGGGACCUCGUACGCCUCCUCGUCGUACCGCCCGACGUCACCCAGUCCUCGGCGGCCGGCGGUGCUGCGUCGACCGUCUGGACGGCCGAAUAGGAGUUUGAGUGUGGGAAGCGGACGGGCGGCGGGGGAGAUGACCGAGGAGGAGGAGGAGGAGCUCGAGGAGGAGGACGGUGGGAACGGAGGGAAGUUGCCGGACGAGGAGCUGGAGGAUGACGACGAGGAAGUCGAGGACGAGAUCACGCUCAAGCAGCGGCAGAGUCUGAUCAACGUCGAGCACCCGUUCGGUCUCCCGAUUUGGAAACCGGCGCUCUACAAGAAGUCCCGCUCAGUCACGCGCUACGCCGACCAGGUCUUGCACGAGGGCCCAUCCGCACAGGCAGAGCGCCAUUUGUUGCCUGUCAAUAUCGCGUGGACGGUCAUAUUCGGGUGGUGGCUGGCGCUUGUGUGCUUCGCCGUAUCUCUGGUGCUAUAUCUCGUGCCAAAGGGCGGGAAACAGUAUUCGACACUCGUAUUCGGCUUGGGAUGGUAUCUCGGUUGGCCGUUCGGGAAAUACGUCGAAGGGACGACAGACGACGACGAAGAUGAGGACGACGACGACGACGCGCACGCGAACGAGAACGGUGUCGCACACGACGUCUCUUCCGACGACGGCACCGUCCGCGGCGCAUCCCCGCACAGAGGCGAACCCUCACGUGGUUUCCAUGGUCCUACGCCCUCCUGGUCCACCCCUACAACCGAGGCGACGAGCUUGCUCGCGAAGAAGCUUAACGCGGGCCGUGUCAGUAUGGCGCCUAUCAAGUCCUACGGCACGACAACCCAGACACUUCUCAAGCCAUCAACAGCGGAGAUCUGGCUCGGCCGCGCAGUAUUCUGGCUCUUCCUCGUAUGCCUCAUCGCGCCGCUCAUGCUCAUAGUCUGCGUCAUCUGCUGGGCACUCAUCGUCGCCAUCCCCAUGGCCAAACUCAACUGGGCGCUGCUCAAGCACCUCUUCACGCGCGAUAUUCGCUUCUGUUCACCACCGGAAUUGCAGUUCUUCGCGUCCGAGGAGAAUGUCAAUGUCACGAGCCCGACGCAGGAGACGCCCGCCGCGCAGCCGAUUCCGGAAGUGGACGAGGAAGGCUCGGAGACGCCCGUUGCGCCCGAACCCGGAUCGACGCUCGGCGUCUCGCAGCCCCGAUUGACGCCCGGCUCGCGUGCGCCGUCCAGUCCGAGCAAUACGAAGGUUCUGCUGUGCAUUUACCGUGCCGCGGGCCUCAAGUUCUACAAGUACACCGUCGGCGGCGUGAACAUCUUGUUCGUCAACCUCCUGCCGGUCGUGGUCUUGGUCAUCCUCGAUGGAUUCUUCUUGAUGCCAUGGGUCGAACACCGCGAAGAACACGGCAAACAUGUUCCCGCCAUUCUCGCCGCAUUAGGCUCUCAGGCUGCCGUCUUCACAUGCUCGCUCCUCUCCGUCAUUCCGCUCUCGUACUUCAUCGGUAUGGCCGUCGCGUCCAUCUCCGCCCAAUCCUCCAUCGGCAUGGGCGCCGUCAUCAACGCGACGUUCGGUUCCAUCAUCGAGAUCCUGCUCUACGCCAUCGCUCUGCGCGACAGCAAAGGCGGGAUCGUGGAGGGUAGCAUUGUUGGGAGUAUUUUGGCGGGCGUGCUGUUGAUGCCCGGGCUGAGUAUGCUGAGUGGAGCGAUGAGGAAGAAGGAGCAGAAGUUUAAUGCGAAGAGUGCGGGUGUUACGAGUACGAUGUUGAUCAUGGCGAUCAUCGGUACUCUUACGCCUACGCUGUUCUACCAGACCUAUGGCAACUUCAUGUUGGUCUGUACCGGCUGCCCGACGUCGACCUCCCCCAACAAUGCGCCGUGGGUCUGCCAGCACUGCUCGUACCAGCACCCGGAUCCCAUCGACGACCCGUUCUACAAGCAAACGGUCAUCAAGUUGACGUACUUCUGCGCCUCCAUCCUUCUCUUCAGUUACAUCGUAGCGCUCUGGUUCUCCCUCCGCACGCACGCCUCGCAAAUCUGGCAAAACCCCCAGCAGCUCCUCCAUCCCCCCGAACACGGCCGCAUGUCGCUCUACCACAAGAUCGUGCCCGCAUCCACACACACCGCCUCCGCCCCGCACUCCAACCUCCGCCACAAGCCCUCGUUCGCCGGCACAGACGUCUCCGUCGGGCACACCCACAACCAGUCCACAUCCACCUCGACCGCCCAAGGUCAAAGUCAAGGUCAAAGUCAAAGUCAAAGUCAAGGGCCGAGACGGAUGCCGAGCUUCGCGCCGCACCCGGCGCUGGUGGAGAGCGUCGGCCAGGCGGUGCACGAUGUUGGCUUGAGACCGAACGAGUCGAUGAGCGCGGACGAUCUCACGCGCGCGAUCGCCGUCGCGACCGUCUCCGCGCUCCGCCAAGCGGGCAACACCUCCGCCGAACGCUCCGCCGCGCGGCACGACGCCGAGACCGCCCCUCCCGAAGGCGGACACGGCGGGCACGACGCGCCGAGCUGGUCGCGCACGACGUCCGCGUCGGUGCUGCUGGGGUGCACGGCGCUGUACGCGAUCAUCGCGGAGCUGCUGGUGGACGUUGUGGACGUGGUGCUGAAGGGGAGCGGGGUGCAGCAGAAGUUUUUGGGGAUUACCCUUUUUGCGCUCGUCCCGAAUACGACGGAGUUUAUGAAUGCGAUGAGCUUUGCGAUGAAUGGGAAUAUUGCGCUGAGUAUGGAGAUUGGGAGCGCGUAUGCGCUGCAGGUGUGCUUGCUGCAGAUCCCGGCGAUGGUGGCGUUUAGCGCGUGGUACGCGCCGGAGAAGAUGGGGAGGAUUAGCGAUACUUUCCCGUUGAUCUUCCCGCGCUGGGACGUCCUAGUGAUCAUCCUAUCCGUCUUCCUCCUCACCUACGUCUACAUCGAGGCCAAGUCGAACUACCAUCGUGGAAGCAUUCUCGUUCUCAGCUACUGCGUGCUCGUCGCGGGCUUCUACUUUGCGCCGAAGGAAAAGGCGUUCGACGAGUUUGACGGGAGCGCGGAUACGGUUGUUGUUGGGACGCAGUUUGUUAAGGCGGGGGUGGAGGCUGUUAAGAUGUGGCUCGCGAUCUGA